AUGACUGUCCGAUCGAACUUUGUGUGGCUCACUCUCGCCUUGAGCCUUUUCGACCUUAGCUGUAAUGCAAGUCCAGUGCGACAAAGGACGGCGGUCCCAGAUGGCUUCUAUGCGGCUCCUUAUUACCCAACGCCAUACGGUGGCUGGGAAGAUUCAUGGAAAGACAGCUAUGCAAAGGCGCAGGCACUGGUGGGCAAGAUGACACUAGCGGAGAAGACGAACAUCACGGGUGGAAGCGGUAUGUUUAUGGGAAACAGCGGUAGUGCAUACCGUGUCGGCUUUCCUCAGCUUUGUUUGCAGGAUGGUGCUCUCGGUGUGGGCAACACGGAUCAUAACACUGCAUUUCCAGCUGGUAUCACCACGGGAGCGACGUUCGACAAGGACCUUAUUUAUGCUCGCGCAGUGGCUAUUGGCAAAGAAUUUCGCGGCAAAGGAGCCCACGUUUUCCUUGGUCCCUCGGUAGGUCCCCUAGGCCGCAAGCCACUCGGUGGCCGCAACUGGGAAGGCUUCGGUGCCGAUCCCGUUCUCCAAGGUAUUGCCGGUGCCUUGACUAUCAAGGGUGUCCAGGAACAGGGUGUUAUUGCUACCAUCAAGCAUUUCAUUGGAAAUGAGCAGGAGAUGUAUCGCAUGUACAAUCCGUUUCAAGCAGGAUAUAGUUCGAAUAUUGAUGAUCGCACCCUGCACGAGCUUUACUUAUGGCCAUUUGCUGAUGGUGUCCACGCCGGCGUUGGCGCGGCCAUGACAUCUUACAACGCCGUCAACGGCUCGGCUAAUUCUCAAAACGCCUACCUUAUCAACAACUUGCUCAAGGAUGAGCUUGGGUUCCAGGGUUUUGUCAUGUCGGAUUGGCUUUCUCACAUUUCCGGAGUCGCAUCAGCACUGGCCGGCCUUGACAUGAGCAUGCCUGGAGACACCCAAAUACCUCUCUUUGGUAAUAGCCCCUUCAAGUUCCAUCUCACGGAGGCUGUCUUGAACGGCUCCGUGCCAGUGGACAGGCUAAACGACAUGGCGACCAGGAUUGUGGCCGCUUGGUAUCAGUUCGGCCAAGACAAGAGCUUCCCAGCUGUUAACUUUCACUCAUACGUAUCGAGUGAAAAGGGACUUCUAUAUCCAGGCGCUGUUCCGGUCUCGCCCAUUGGUAAGGUUAACUGGUUUGUGGAUGUUCAAGCGGAUCACGGCUCGGUCGCACGCCAGGUCGCCCAAGAUGCCAUUACUCUUCUGAAGAACGACGAUAAUUUCCUGCCCCUUUCUACCAAGUCAUCCCUCAGGAUCUUCGGCUCUGAUGCUCGGGUUGACCCUGCUGGCCCCAACGCUUGCGGAAGCCGCGCCUGCAACAAGGGCACUCUGGGAAUGGGCUGGGGCUCCGGCGUUGCGAACUACCCCUAUUUUGAUGACCCCGUCACUGCCAUCAAGAAGCGGGUCGAAAAUGUCAAGCUCUACGACAGCGAUGACUUCCCCCACACACUCACUCCUUCGCCCACUGAUGACGACAUUGCAAUCGUCUUUAUCAACUCCGCCGCGGGCGAGAACUCGUUCACCGUUGAAGGCAACCAUGGUGAUCGCGACAACGACAAGUUCUCCGCUUGGCACAAUGGAGAUAAGCUCGUCCAGAAGGCUGCGGAGAACUACAAAAAUGUCAUAGUUGUUGUCCACACAGUCGGCCCCCUCAUACUCGAGCCCUGGAUUGACCUGCCCUCCGUCAAGGCCAUCCUCUUCGCCCACCUCCCCGGCCAAGAAGCCGGCGAAUCGCUCGCCAACGUUCUCUUCGGCGACGUCUCACCCUCCGGCCACCUCCCCUACUCCAUCACCAAGAAUGAGAACGACCUCCCUGACAGUGUAACCAAGCUCGUCAAGGAAAUCAUCGGCCAGCCCCAAGAUACCUACAGCGAAGGCCUCUACAUCGAUUACCGCUGGCUCAACAAGCAAGGCAUCAAGCCCCGCUAUGCCUUCGGCCACGGUCUGAGUUACACCACCUUCAACUACACCGACGCCCACAUCAAGAUCGUCAACGCCCUCUCCUCCGCCCUGCCGCCCGCUCGCCAGUCCAAGCCCUCCGUUGCCAUCCUCUCCACCGAGAUACCGCCCGCUUCCGAAGCCUACGAGCCCGCCGACUUCUCCAAGGUCUGGCGCUACAUCUACUCCUGGCUAUCCAAGUCCGACGCCGACAAGGCCUAUGCCGUCGGUACCUCUUCUUCUUCUUCCAAGUCCGGCUCCCAAAUUUACCCCUACCCUGAGGGCUACUCGACCGUGCAAAAGCCUGGUGUCCCUGCCGGCGGCGGACAGGGUGGUAACCCGGCCCUCUUUGACACCAUCCUCGAGCUGGAUGUGACUGUGCAAAACACUGGUUCUCGACACAAGGGUAAAGCCUCUGUGCAGGCAUAUGUCCAGUUUCCCACGGAUAGCGAGUACGACACGCCUAUUAUCCAGUUGCGUGACUUUGCCAAGACGAGGGAGUUGGGCACCGGAGAGAGCGAAACGGUUACAUUAAGGCUGAGGAGGAAGGAUUUGAGCGUGUGGGAUACGCAGAAGCAGGAUUGGGUGGCUCCUGGUGCCUUGGGGGCUAAUGGGAAGAGUAAGCGGUACAUUGUGUGGUUGGGUGAGGGGAGUGAUAAGCUUUUCACUAGGUGUUUUAGCGAUACUUUGGUUUGUGAAAGGGGGGUUGAGCCACCUGUUUGA